AUGCAUAUGAGAGGAAAGCUGGGCGAUUGUCGCUCCACGUCUCAUGAUACCUUGCGGAGCGGCAUGCCCUCACCGCGGGUCGCGCAUUUCGACGGUGAGGUGCCGCCCGCGCUGUCCCCCCUCGACGCCUUCGCCGCCCAGGGUCGCUUUCUGGCCCGCCAGCUCGACGAGUCGAGACGAGCAGAUCGUCGCAUGAGCCGCUUGCCACCCUCUAGUGUCGCCCGAUCCCUUUCACAAGGCCGCCCAGGCUUCUCUCGUUCCAAAUCCUCCGCCGACGUCGACUCUCGCACCGAACUCACCCGCCAGCCCACGCAGAAGGCCCUCCCCGAAUUCGAGGAGCCCAAGUACCGCCCGAUAUCUGAACACCCGCGAUUCAGUUCCGUUUCCAAUGCGAGUACCGAGGCGAGCUUCUACGAAGAUGACGACGCCACACCCCGCACGACGAUGGUUGGCACACCAGAGGAGGCGUAUGGCAUGCCGCGCACCGCAUCCCCCGAGGAUGUGAUGUCGCUGCCCAGCGGAGCGCAGCCUCCUGCUGGCGUGACUCUGGUCGAACCCCGCGGCUCAUCGACCGACUCCCAGAAUUCACGAUUGAACAUUCCGCGCACACUUGCACCACCGGUUUCUCCAAACUCACGUCCAACCAGCGCCGCCAGGACUACACACCCCGAGAGCUCUGAUGACGACUACAGCAGUUCGACCGGUGGCUCAACGUUCUCCAAGCCUAGGAAGUUGUCCUCUGGGAGCGCAGUGUCGCUACCGUACUCCCCCAAGUCGAAUUUCCCUCCGCGCCCACACCCCCGAUCACCAUCGCUGAGCUCGGAAACAUCAGCUACCGGGGCGCACCACCUCCCCCGACCUUCAUUCAACUUCUCCCGUCCCCUGAGUCGCUCGAGCACGAGCUUAUCAGCCCCUGGAACUUCGACCCCAACCGAAUCAUGCACCACACCUACACCGACCCAGAUGCAACGGCGUAGCAAGCCGACUCCACUACUGCUACCUCUUGGAACCGAACAAGCCGCCGCUACUGCUCCUAAUGGAGACGAGCCAUCAUCUGCCGUAUCGUCAUAUACAUACGCGAGCUACGCACUCCCCCGCGGACGCUUCCUCUCUCGAGAUUCGGUGGUCUUUGCAGGCCUGCAAACGCCUCACUUCGAAUGGGCAGAGCCGCUCUUCGAGAAGACUCCCCCGCGCAACUCGAGGGACCUGUCCCGGACGGCACGCACGCCCUCUCCGACUCCACGCCGCGUGGAGCACUCUCCCAAGCCUCAUUCGAUGCACGAAGUUCCAGCCACAUGUCCACAGACUCCUCCCCAACCACAAUUCCAACCCGAAACGCCCAAGUCCAGCAAAUCCACCAAGUCUACGAAAUCACUCCAACCUCCCAUUCCCUCCGCAGAGCCGCUUCCCCGGCGGUCGGCCGAAAGCGCCCGACAGAGCACCGAGAAGAGCGAACCUGCCUCAUCUGCAGACUCCGUCAGCACCGCGCGGCCCACAACCGCGGUCACCCCAGUGAAGGUAUCCGGGCUGACAGCAGACGACCACGUCGCCAAGGGGAUCGAAUGCCACGAACGAGGCUCACUCAGCGAAUCCACCUACCAUCUGCGCGUAGCCGCGAAACAAGACCACCCAACGGGCAUGCUACUGUAUGCGCUGGCUUGUCGACAUGGCUGGGGCAUGCGGUCGAAUGAGAAAGAGGGCGUGCGCUGGUUACGCAAGGCUGUGGACUCCGUUGGAUUGGAAAUGCUCGCCAAUCCUGACGCCCCUGGUGCUUCCAAGGCGAAGGAACUCCAGAAGGCUUACCGCGCGCAGUUCGCACUCAGUAUCUACGAAUUGGGUGUGAGCUACCUCAAUGGCUGGGGUAUUGAGCAGGACAAAUCGCUUGCGCUGCGCUGUUUCGAGAUUGCGGGCCAGUGGGGCGAUGUUGAUGCCAUGGCCGAGGCUGGUUUCUGCUAUGCUGAGGGCGUUGGCUGUAAGAAGGAUAUGAAGAAGGCGGCGAGGUUUUACCGUCAGGCUGAGUCGAAGGGCAUGAGCAUGGUCGGAAAUUCUUGGAUCUACAAGGAUAAAUACAUGGCCGAGGCCGAGGCCAAAGAGUCGCGCUCUCGAGGAAGAAACGCUGGCCGAAAUGCCAGUGGCGAGAAAGAGAAGAAGCCCCGGAGCAAAUCUCGAACUCGCAGUAUCUUCCAGCGCAAGAAAUCCAUCGUCCCAGAGGCAUAG